AUGCCCUCUAUUUCGCAGCCAUUCAGGCUCACGGCUCUUCCUAAGAUUGCCUCUCUCAAUAACUAUGCAUCUCAGGCGAAUCUGCUGCAAGUUGCCGACACUUUGACGCCUUCGACAAAUUACAUCAAUGUGGGUAUUUCCGGAUCUGCGAUUUCACAGUAUGUGAUAAACCCCACGCCGAAGCUUGUGUACAAUCUACCCAUUUCGUCUACUAAUGUGGUAAAUGCGUGCGACGUGGCUCAGCUGGAAGAUGAUGAGGUAUGGUGCUACGCGCUACAAGCUAACAAGACGUUCUCAAUACAUUGUCUGCAAAAACCUGUUUCUUCGGCGCCAGCAUCCGAUUCCCACUUCGGAGAAACAUAUGCUAGUAACAAGAUUGCCGUCUCCGACCAGCCCGUGAGCGUCAAGGUAAUUGGAGCCAAGAAAACUAUCGUGACAGUGCUUCGAAGCGGUCUGGUCCAGUUUUAUGAUUACUCACUAAAACUUCAGUAUUCCUUUGACUCGUCAUACAAGAAUGUCCAAUUCGUGCAGCAUUUCACCAAUGAAUCUAAGCAAGACUUCGUUUUCAUUCUAAGUGACAUCCAAGGUAAAAAAGUUUCCUUCAAACUCUUGGAAUUAGCUCAGCCUGAUGCAGCUGUCCCCGCAAAGGAAUUGAGCUCCGUUAUUCUCGAAGAUUUUCAGCUCAAGAACUCGGAAAUUUUUUACCAGUUCGGAAAGAUCUACCGCUUGCAUGGCAAAAGCAUAGACGUUUACACUUUGCCUUAUUUCCAGCAUUCUCAUACUAUCUCGUUACCCUUUUUGUCGAAGGGAGAAACCUCAUUCAAGCCCAUUUCACAAAACAGAGCUUUGUUGACUUGUGACAAUCAAUUGUAUUUACUCGACUUAUUGCAUAACGCCAUUUUGAGCCACAGGGAAUUAACGCACGUCAAAACUUUCCAGUUGUUGACUACAGCUGUGGUUCCAGGAAAUUUUUCCGCCAACAACAAAACAAUUGCCAUAGGUGUCUCAACUAAACAUGGAGCCAACCCCACCAGCUCGCUGGACAUUGUCAACAUUGACGUUGGAACCGGCACACUCAAAGAUUCUAUGGGUAAAGGCUUCUCGCCCCAAAAUACCAAAAGCAAGCAUUUACAACCGCUCCUGGAUGAAAAUAGCGAUGUCGAAAAUUAUGAGUACGACUAUGAUCAAAUUCUCGAACAACUCAGAAAGGCAGCUGGAAACGUUGACAAAUUCGAUUCCAUCUUCUUCCCAAAAUUGGGAAUAAAGCAAGACUACUACACGGAAUCAGAUCGAUUCAUCAAUGAUCAGAAUUUCCUGCGCAACGUCGCUUCUACCAUUUUUGAGAAUUUCAACUCGCAAUAUCCCAAGGCGCUACCAUAUCUGCUAACCCAUCCUCUAUUCCCCAAGUCACACACCCAAGACAUUUUGCAAAGGCUCAAGGACCACCCUAGGCUUUUCAAACAAGCCAUUGUCACUUGCCCCAAUUUGUCUUUAGACGAGCUUCUGCAAGAACUUUUCACGGUGUUAAAUGACGAAUUAUGUUUGGACUUGUCGUUGCGGAUCUUGCAGGAUUUUAACAAAGAUAUCAUCAAAGAAACAAUAAAAACCAAGAGUAAAAUCGAUGUUAACAAUUUCAUUAGUUUUGUCAUGAACGAUAACAUAGAUGAGGACAGAAUCAAGAAUAAACCUCGUUUGUUUCAAUUGUUAAACCUAGUUUUAGAUUCUGUGGGAUUGUUUUCAUUGGGGGACGAAACUCUAGCCAAACUUUCAGAUUACAUCGAGCAGCAGUUGAAAGUGGUAAAACAAAACGUGGAGCUUUUCAACCUGCUAGAAGACAAAAAUAUCAAAAACAUAUCGAAUCAAAACCAGACGGAUGUCUCUGCCUCAAACGAAGGAAUCAUUGCAGCAUAUAGUAUAGAACAGUUGGAACUAUAA